AUGUUCUUAUCUGUUAUUUUUCUGUUCACCUGUAGGAAUAGAUCCCAUAGAGAAAACUUCACUGUGGUGACUCAUUUCACCCUCCUUGGCAUACCCCACACGGAAGGCCUCCAAAACAUCCUGUUCGUUGUAUUCUUAAUCUUCUACAUGUGCACUCUGCUGGGGAACUUGCUGAUCAUGACAGCCAUCUUCACCGACUCCCGUCUCCACACUCCUAUGUACUUCUUCCUCUGCAACCUCUCUGUCCUCGACAUCGGCUUCUCUUCCGUCAGCACCCCUAAAAUGUUGACUAACCUCUGGGCACAAGGCAGAACGAUUUCCUUUGGAGGAUGCAUGUCCCAGGUCUUCUUCUACCAUUUCCUAGGAAGCACCGAAUGUCUCCUGUACACCGUCAUGGCCUAUGACCGAUACGUUGCCAUCUGCCAUCCAUUACGGUAUCUCAUCAUCAUGAACUGGAAGGUGUGCGCCAUCUUGGCUGCUGGCACAUGGGUCACCAGCUCCUUCCAUGCCACUAUUCUCACCACCUUGACUUUUACCCUCCCCUAUUGUGGGCCUAACGAAGUCGACUACUUCUUCUGCGACAUCUUCCCUGUGGUCAAGCUGGCUUGUGCCAACACAGUCAUCAUUGAGACAGUUAGCUUCACCAACAUUGGCAUGGUGCCCAUGACUUGCUUCGUUCUUAUCCUUGCCUCCUACAUCCGUAUUGUCUAUUCUGUCUUGAGAAUGAGCUCUGGGGAGGGACGACGGAAAGCAGCAUCCACUUGUGCCUCACACUUAACCGUAGUCACCCUCUUCUUCGGCCCCUGUGCUCUGAUCUACACUCAGCCAUCGCUCAGUGAGAUUCUGGUAACUCCUGUGCAAAUCUUUGGCAAUGUGGUGACUCCCAUGCUCAACCCACUCAUCUACACCUUGAGGAACAAGGAAGUGAAAGCAGCUUUGACUAGAUUGACAGGAGGGAAGAGAGUUUCCCAGACAAUAACCCACUAG